UAAAGACUUUUCAAAUUACUUCAGAAGGUGCACUCAAAACAGAUUGUAGUUAUCAUCCGUGGAAUAGACUACGUAGAAGACGAAACUUUGAAUCGCGUUCAUCGAAGGCAACAAACGCAGAUUUAAGAAUGCUACUGUUUCCUCUGCUUCUGAUGUUGUUCGGGUCACACCAAACCUUAAGCCAGAACGUGCCUGAGCGAACCAGCAGCUGGCAGACCUUCAGAGAUGACUAUCUAUGGGCCAGUCAAACAUGCUACACUCUAGGCUUUGUAAAGGGGCAAAAGGAGAACAAUUUGAAAGAAAUAAUUGCAUUUGAUGCAAGCUUAAGCUCCACAAUGAAAGGUAUGAAGAACGGUCAGCGAGUGGUGUUCUCCGAAGUUAGUGAAAACAUGGGCGGUGGAUACAACUCAAGCGAUGGUGUCUUCACAGUUCCCGGAAGUGGCGUAUACGUGUUCCAAUGGACCACGGUAGCACAAUCACGUGGUACCCAGACAGCAUUAGUUGUUAAUGGAAAGCUGAAGGCCGUUAACGAAUGCAACACCAGGGAAGCAAACAAUGACUCCUGUACUCGUAUAGCUAUCAUGAGAUUGUGGGACAGGGAGAAAGUGUGGAUUGAAUGUAAAAUGAACGAUUCUGUCAUUAACGAUUACAAAAGCUCGUCUUUCACCGGAUUUCGAUUGUAAUUUUGUGAUUUCGAUUAAACUUCAAUGUCUAGCGGUUUACUUUUUAUAUCGUUUAUUUGGUUUUGAUGAGUUUUCCAAGACAGAUCUAAAUUGAAGUAUACAUGCAAGGCUUGUACUUGAAUUAAAAUGUGCGCAUCUAGA